AUGCGAGAGUUCCCUUAUUAUCGGUAUCGUGUAGUAUCACCUGGGAGUGAUCAGGAUGUCCUUCUGAACCGACCAUCGGAAACCGACAGCGGGAGCGGCGCAAUCAAUACUCAACCCGUAGGCUUUUACAGGAGAGGUUUCGGUAAACCGGCAUCCGUCUACGCCGUAAGACUUGAAGCAGAUUGA